AUGACCUUAUCAAAUGAUGCCUAUAAUUUAAUUGAUGAGAUGAUCACAACGAGGGUGUCAGAUAUUCAUCAAGUAAUUGGACAGAUGAUCAAGGGAGAUUUUGAUGAUGAGUCUAAUUGGCAGAUUGUGGAGUACGUUUUUGACAAGCUCAGUUCCGAAGGGUGUGGGAUGGGACUGAGGUUCUACAAUGCCCUGUUAGAAGCUCUUUGGUGGAUGUUCCAGAGAGAAAGGGCUGCUAGAGUGCUCAAUGAAGCAUCAAAGAGGGGGCUGUUCCCUGAACUUUUUCGUAGAAGUAAACUUGUAUGGUCUGUGGAUGUGCACAGGAUGUCAGAAGGUGCUGCAUUGACAGCGCUAUCAAUUUGGCUGAACAAUAUGCAGGAAAUGUUCAUGAUUGGCGAGGAUCUUCCUAUGCUUGCAACAGUUGUUGUGGUCCGUGGUGAGAUAGAGAAAACCACAGAUGCCCAGGAUUUUCCUAUUGCGAAAGCUGUCAUUUCAUUCUUGCAGGAUACUGUCCCGUCAUCCUUUAUUUUCCCGGGGUGGAACAAAGGUCGCAUUGUUUGCCAGCAGUCACAAUUGAGACAAAUUCUGCCGGGCACCGAAUCAUCUUCUAGUAGGGAAAAAAUGGAUAAAUUAAUAUCUUUGAGUAAUAUUCCAUUGAUUAGUGCAGGUGCUAUAGCAUCCAAAUCCGAUGGUAGAGCUAACAACGUCGAUUCUAGAACCGAUAGUACGAGAACUGAGCUUCUAACGAAUGCAGUUUAG